CCCCCCUCCUUCCUGAGUUUAUAAUAUUUUUCUAUCCGUUUACGUUUCGCUACGGCGGUUGUCGUUUGUUACAUGUGUUGUCAUUUAAAAUUACCAACUUGUCAUUAAUCUAUUUUAUUGCAUUGUAACAUUAUAAAUUAAAAGAUGUUUUAUGCUCAUUUUGUGUUAGCCAAGAAAGGGCCAUUGGCCCGAAUCUGGUUGGCUGCCCAUUGGGAUAAAAAACUUACUAAAGCACAUGUAUUCGAAACAAAUAUUGAAAGCAGUGUGGAAGGUAUCCUUCAACCUAAGGUGAAAAUGGCUUUACGAACAUCAGGACAUUUACUUCUUGGCAUUGUAAGAAUAUAUUCCCGCAAAGCUAAGUAUCUGCUGGCUGAUUGUAAUGAAGCAUUUAUAAAGAUUAAAAUAGCUUUUCGGCCAGGAGUUGUUGAUUUGCCUGAAGGUAAUCGUGAAGCUGCUGUAGCUGCUAUAACUCUUCCUGAAGUAUUUCAUGAUUUUGAUACAGCAUUGCCUGACAUAACAAUAGACAUGGAUGCCCAAGUUAGUUUGAAUCAGAGUCGUGCUGAAGAUAUAACAUUGAAAGAAGAUUAUGGAAACCUAAGUCUAAUGGCUGAUGAUGGCUUUGACGAUAUGGGGUUUGAAGAACCUGAAGCAGCUCGUGAUGCUACUAAUAUGGAAGAUGGCUUUGAUGAUGCUAGUCUACUUCUCUGUGAAGACCCUUCCCAAGAACGACCAGAUGAAAGUGCACCAGGAGUCAGUAAUGCUAGCAUUGUGAGCAAACCAAAGCUUUCUCUGGAUGCUCCUCUCAAAGAUGAUGGAUUUGGAGGAACAGUUGGUGAAGGACUUCUAGAUGGUGAAACCGGAGGCCUGUUUGAACCAGCCGGUUUGUUUGAUGAUGCUCCUUUGGGUCCUGUAGAGUUAGACAAUACUGCUACAGAGCCUACAGUAAAUGAAAAUAUAGAACAGCCUUUAGAGAAACCCAUUGAACAGCAUGCUGAAGAUGAUAGUGAUGAUGAUAUGUAUGAUAUGGCUCCAGGAUCCAUGGGUGCCCCUUCACCACCCUCUUCUCCUGAAUCUCCAGGUCCACCGUUAAAUACUGAUGGAAAUGCUCCAGAACCUGAAUCUAGGGUAACUGACCUUGAACCAAGGGAAGAAAACCCUCUAGAUCCUUUACCAAGAGGACCAGAUCCUGCAUCUGAUCCAAUACAGGACAUGCCACCGCCUCCGCCGCCUGAAGAAAUGCCUCCUCCGCCUGUUCCUCAUAUCCCAGCUCUCGACCACACUACUUUGAUCAAUAAUGAUGCAGAAAGUUUUGCUCUUGCUCCAUUGGAUGCUACCAUUGUUCAUGGGGCUGAGAGAACGGUGAAAGCUAAACGAAAAAGGAAGCUGGUAGUUGAUGAAGUAAAAAGCAUAUCAGGUGAAGAAAUGAAAUCUCAGCUCUCUGAUACCACCGACAUAGUAGCUACACUAGAUCUAGCUCCACCUACUAAACGACUUAUGCAUUGGAAAGAAACAGGAGGUGUUGAAAAGCUUUUCUCUUUGCCAGGACAUCGGAUUCUCUCUAAGACUCUUACACGGGCAUAUUUAAGACAUUUGACUACUCGAUCAGUGGAGAAUGAAGUGUAUGGCAAUGAUGAUGAGCAAGAUGAACUAGACUCAGAGAUUGAAAAAGGAAGAGAUGAAGACGCAUCGGUGGGUAGCAGUAAGCGCAGGCGGUUGAUGGAAUCUGAACUGCCUCAUGACCUGUCACAUCUAGAUUCGUUCCAUCUCGACUCUUCUCGACCUUCAUACCCUAAUGAGCCCAGUCUGCCUCGGGCUUCCUUCACCAAUGAGCCUAACCUAUCUCAUCCAUCAUUAGAUGUUCCAAAUUUCAUGCCUCCCCAACAUCAUCUCUUCCCACCCAAUUAUGACCAGCAAAUGAUGCCUCCACAGGUAAUGCAGCAUGGACACAUGGUGCUCCAACCAGAUCUGCACCAGCUUCCUCACAUUCCACAAAUGAUGGACUCUAUGGUAAAUCAGGGUCCAUCUCUUCAGUCAAUUACACCAAGCAUACACAGUGAUGCUCUUCCUGGUGUAACAGACAGUGUCCACCAUUCUGUUAUUGAGCCUGUCUCACAACACUUACAUCCAAAUGCCAUGGCUCCAGAACACUUACAACAACAACAGCAGUUGUCAAUGGACAAACAACUGCCACCUCACCCUAAUCUUAAUGACCCACUGAAUCAGCAAAUGCUCCAAAAUCAGCUUCAGCCGAAUACCAAUGACUUUAUACCUCAUAAUGAGAAUGGAGCUCAUCCAGAUACAGAGCAGAAUCCUCCUCCUGCAAUAAAUGGCCAAAUGCCACAACAUAACAUUGACGAUGAUGCAACUCAACCACUCUUGGAUCAGUAUCCACAGACUCAGGAAAGGCACGAAGCAAAUAGCUCUGCUCCAUCAGAGUUGCUUCAGAAUGAUGUUGCAGCUGCCCCAGCAGUUGAUAAACAGGCAGAAGAGCCUGCUCUUCAGAAUGGCAUUGAUCAGCCAACAACUGAUGCACAGUCUGCUUCAAAUCUUUUAUUUGACUCUCUAAUUGGAGACAUGCAGACACAACCACAACAACAAAACACAUCCACAUUGAAUGAAUCAUCUGAUAUGCAAAUGCCCCAAGAUAAACAGAAUGAAUUUAUGGGAUCUGAUGACGAGGAUGAUUAUGGUGCACCAGCAAGUGUUGGACCUAUUAUGCCAGAUGAACAGAUGGCAGAUGAGACAUAUGAGCAAUUUGAGGAGCGAAUAUUAACCAAAAGGACGACUCAUUUGUUGCAUGUUAUUCAUAAUGCAUUAGACAACAAUCGAAGUAUCAGCUUCUCUGAACUUGUGAAAAAUAACAAGAGAAAACAGGUGGCACAGAAAUUCUACACAUUUUUGGUUCUGAAGAAGCAACAAGCUGUUGAACUUGAGCAAAAUCCAUCCUAUGGAGAUAUGAUCAUCACAAGGGGACCUAAGUACAAUGCUGUAUACAAUGGCAAUUGAAUUCUUAACAAAAAACACUGCUGAAAAAUAACACAAGCGUUGUUUUUUCGAAUAUUUAAGAUAAUGCCAAAAAUGUGCUAGUCGGCAGUGAAAAAAAGUUACUAUGCUUUCUUUUAAAAAAUGCACAUCUUCCAUUUCAUAAUUUGGGGUUAAAGGCAGCCUCAUUGUAAUUUGAUAAAAACUGACACUGGAUUUUCCAGUGUAAUCUAUGUGUUUCUUUAAUUCUUAUUAAGAAUAUAAUAUGUAAUUAUUUUAUUUUAAUCAUGUUUUUAGUUUCAUUUAUUUAUAAAUUCACCUUUUACUAAAGCAUUGAUAUUUGAGAUUUUAUGCAAUAUAGUCUGGUAUUACAAAUUGUAAUACUAGUAUAAUGUAAAUUUUUUCAUUUGUUAAUUCUGAGAACUAUUGAUUGAAAUUUUAGUGUGAAUAUUUUCAUGUUUCUGUCAUCUGUUUUUAUAUGUGAUUGAUAGCUGUAAUAUUGUAAAAAAUAGUUUUGUAAUGUCUUUUUAUUUUACUUCAGAAUGUGUUCAUUUAAAAAAAUUCCAAUCUUUGAAUUUAUUAAUAGAAACUAAAUCAUUUUUUAUUUCCCAGUCUUGUUAAACCCUCAUUCAAUCCAAUAAUUAAGUAGAAUAUAUUUGAAAUUCUGCUAUUUCUCAUCUUUUUAAUAAAAUGUAAUAAUUUUUUUCAUCAUUUACUAUAAUAAGAAUGUUUACCUUUGAAUGUGAAUCAAACAUAUUUUUAGUUGAAUUUCAUUCUAAUCAGAAAUUUGUUAAAUAAGUAAUUGAAGAAUUAAUAUUAAUGAAGAUGAAUUAAUCUAUAAUUAAAGAAUUUUUUGGUUUCUUGCAUGGUAAAUUUAAUUAUGUAAUGCUGCAUUUGCUAGAUCAAUUAAGUUGCUUUUUUUGCAUAAAUAUUGCUUUUGUUUGAUUUCUAUGAGUAAUAUAUCUUGUCCAAAAUUUCAUUUUGAACUUUUAUAUCAUUUUAUUUCUUCCCAUGCAUGGCAUGCUUUAUUUUUAAUGCUUAAAAUUAUGUAUUAUAAAUUAACCUUCAUUAUUGUUUGUAUUUAUUAUUUUGGCAAGUAUAUCAAUAAUUUGUUAAAUUUGCAUGCAAUUAUUGAAGUUUGAACUGCAAUAUUAUAAAAUGGAGGACAUAUUUUCUGUAAUGUAAGUAGAUAAUUAAGUCUUAUAGAUCUGUGAAAUAAAAGAAAUUGCAAUUAUUGGAUUAAAAUUUUCAGAUAAAAAAUAAUCUUUGCAUAACUCUGGAAAUUUUUAAUUUUGGAGAAAUAAGCAAGUCUCUUAAGUGGAGUAGAAAUUUUGAAGUAAUCACUUUUUUUUUUUUAAAGAAAAAUAUAUGAGAUGUAAAAGUGGAAGUGCAUUUCUUAUAUUUAUAGAAGUUAAAAUGGACUAUUAAGCAUUUAAUUCACUGAUAUUGGUUCUAAUCUAUAAGGGGAUAAAAGAAAUACAAAUCAUAUACAAAAAUAAAAUCAUUUUCAGAAUUAUUUAAUAUGAUUUACAAAUAAGCACUUUGAUUUUGACUUAGAAAUGAAGGGAAAAGAAAUUCCUUUUGCCUAUAGUUGCUGUAAUUAAAGCAUGCAUUUAUUUAAUCACUGAUAAUUAUUCUAUUUUCAUAUUAGUUAAUUCUGUAGCAAUAUAGCAAUGCUAAUAUUGGAAUCAGUAGUAGCUUGCUUUCACUGCCCUUGAAGGAAAAUGCAUUAUUCUAUGAACCAUCAAUUUUAUGAAUAGAAAUCUAUUUUUUUAUUGUGAAGUGUAUAUAUUAUGAUGGUUGGAUGUUUUAACAGAUUUUUGCUGCUGCUUUCUUUUAAAAUCGAAUCUUUGUACAUAUGCAAGAGUAUCAACCAGUUAUCUCAUCAUUGAUCUUAAAUGUUAAUAGUGCACAAUAUGAAUUCCUCAUCAAAAUCAAAUUUAAAUCUCCGCAGCUAGAUUACACGUUACUCGAUUGAAUUUAUGUGUAUGAACAUGCAAUAUUAUGUUAUAAAAUGUAUUAAAUAAAAUUUAAUAUUAAAGAA